GCAUGCGCAGUACGGCGGCAAAACUUCCGGGUUUCUAGUUUAUAAGGGAAGCGUUAGGCGUGAUGCUGCAAACUUCUGCGUUUAUUUACUGUAGUUUAACAGUUCAUGUUCUACGACAGUUCGCUCUCAGCAGUCAGCACAGGAUGGGAAGUUUAAAGAACGAAAACCGGUCGAUUCAUUCUGACAACGUUGAGGAAGUUCAUAACAUCCCAAUGGAUGUGAUUAUUCGACCCAUUCCUCCAGUUCUAGAUGAAGAGAAAGUUCAAAGCCUCAUGGACACUAUAAAUGAGACCUCAGACAUCAGAGUUGUCCCUCCAAUAGAUGUGUUGUGGAUCACAGGAAAAAAGGGAGGUAAUUAUUACUACUCAUUUGGGGGCUGCCAUAGAUUUGCUGCUUACCAGAGACUACAGAUGAAAUCCAUCCCAGCCAAGAUCAUCAAAUCCAACAUUUCUGACCUGCGCACCUAUCUGGGAGCUUCAACGCCCAAUUUACAGUGACUGAAAGAGCCAGGGUAUAGAGGACAUGAUUACCACAUGCUAAGUAAUGAAUGAGUCAUGAGGUUUAGACUGGGUAUCCAUGUCUACAGGAAGGUGACGCAUGCAAAUAGGUGUAAGAAUGAUGGGACAAGGAAGUUAACAAGUCUACGUAUACAUGUACAUGUGUUUUCUUUCAAAACUAUUUCCGUAUAUCUUUGCCACGAAUACAUUGUGAGACAAAUUUGAAGAAAAUGUGUAGAAUACAAGUUAUAUGGUCAGUUAUUUGACUUACUUUUGACAAACCCCAAAAACAAUGUCAGUGGACGUAUGUGGGAAAAUAUAUGGGUGAAAUUGAUGUUUUGUAAAUAAACAUGGCCAACAAGGAUUACUCCAGCAUUUUUCAACUUAAGCUCUAUCCACUGCAGUUAUAUUGUGUCCAUGAUCAUAAUAGAUUAGAAUCAGCACACAUUUUCCCAAAAUGAGAGAACAAAUAAACUGUUUACUAAAACGUAGUUAUAAUCCAUCCCAUCCAUCCAUUUUCCACACCCCUUAUCCUACACUUGGUUGUGGGGAAACCUGGACCCUAUCCCAAGGAGCAAGGCAGGGGACACCCUGGACAGUGCCAAACCAUCGCAGGGAACACUUACACACUACGGACAGUGUGGAAAUGCCAAUCAGCCUAUAACACAUGUCGUUGGACUUGGGGAGGAAACCAGAGUACCCGGAGAAAAACAAGGAAAACAUGCCAGCUCUGCACACAGGACGGAAUCAUGAUUCAAACGCCCAAUGCUGGGCGUGCGAGGCAAUAGUGCUAACCACUAAGCCACCAUACCUCCCAACAUAGUUAUAAUGCUCUCUGUAAACAUGUAACUGUAUAAUGCAAAUUUAGAGUUUAAUUUAGACUACAACUACUGUACUCUUAACAAUAAAGGGCUUGGGUUGAAACAGCCGUGAGAGAAAGUCAUACCAAAGCUGUACUUAUGAAUUUUAUCUAACUUUCCAACACUGGAGCACUACAAUAAAAACAAAUCUGGUUAAGCUUUCCAAAUUGUUUUGUUCUAAAAGUAGUUAAUUUACAAAUUCUUCGCUUAAAAAGCAACAACAAACGUAUUAUUUUUUUAUUUAUUUAACAUGGGUAUUCACAUAAUUACUACACAUGCAGUAAGUAUAUGCACUCUGUAGUGGUAGCACUGAUAUUCACCACGAGAUGGUAGUGUUGCUCUGUUUAGUGUAGAUUCAUUUUGUUACAGAUUAAUGUUUGUUUUAUAGUAAAAUAUUUAAAUCAUAUUCAUAUGUGUAAAUAUAAUUCAAGAGGAAACCAAAAAGCUGUAAAAAUGUCACUUAUGCCGAUGCAUUUGAAAUGACUGAAGGACUCAUUUUCUUGUUUCUGAUGUCCAUCGCACGUUUUGUAUUGACUAAAGUGUUUUUCUACAUACUAGUACAGCUUUGUCCCAUCAUGACCUGUUUUUCAAACUACAGUAUCUUUAAAAAAAAUAAAUAAAAAAUGACGUGUAUAUAUAGCAGCAGUCCUUAGACUUCUGGAUUUCAUAUCCUGCUGCAUUCACAAAUCACUUCAGACAUGUCAAGGUACGAAUGCUCACACUAUAACUCUGGACUAUUUCCACCAAAUUGAGUAGAGAUGAGGAGAUGGGGACACUUUUUCAUUGACAUGAAGCUGGAUCCAGUCAUGAAGCGUACAGCUUUGACCUUUUCAUGCAAUGAAUUUAUUUCUUUUUUCAUCGUGACACAGGCUUCAUUAAAGGCCAAAUGGACCAAAAAUAUGCAGCAAACUACAGCUUUACAUUAGUUACUGCAUGCUUUUAUCUGGGCUUUUAAUAAUAGACAUUCCACAAAGCAGCUUUACAGAAAUCUGGAUGUAGAUUUACAUCCCUAAUGUGCAAGCCAGAGAAGACACUGGUAAGGAAACUUAAGACGAUAUGAGGAAGAAAUCUGGAGAAGAGCAAGACUCAAAAGGGAACCUUCCGAGUGACACCAGAUAGUGGGAUUAUAAAUCAUUACUCUUCUACAGCUGCAUACUAUUAUGUGUUGAAUGGUUUUGCAGUACAAUCAUGUUGUGAAUAGGAGUUCUGGGAUGAGCACAGGACAGUCUUUAUGAUUACUGCAGCAGUUCUUAGGUAGAAAUCUAUAGUAUUCAGGUGAGGUUGUCCACUGAAACGAGGGGAGAGACUUGAGCAUACAUGAUUUUUGGGAAGUGGUGUCUUUGAUGUGACCAUGUGGGACCAUGGAGCAGCAGAAGGUGACUCAUAAGUACAGAUGCUCCAUGCAGGAGUAGUAUUCCAAUGAAUCAGGCAUGUGUAGAGGGCAAGAUAUACACCAAGUUUGCACAUUGGAGCAGGAUAUGUUUGAGGUCAUAUGUCAUGAGAACUCUGCUAUGCACUUUUCUGUUCCAGACCAUACACUGGACUGGACAGGGGGAAAAAAAAUGAGCACUGCAACUCUGAUGAUGUUAAACGACUAUAUAUAGACAGGUUUGGAGGCUGGACCCCAGAUUCCCAGACUGCUGUUAGUUUGCAAAAGAAAUGGUCUGUAAAUGGGGGUUAUUAUUAUUAUUAUUAUUAUUUUUAGCUUUAUAUUGGGUUUGUGAAGGAAUACUGAUAUAAAUACUGAUGGUAUGCUGUGAAUAGCAAUUCUGAUGUCAUUACAUGUUUAAUGUUAUACUAUAUGGAUACAGACAUCAUCAGAAAAAAUACCCCCACCCCCAGGCAUGUCACAUCUCAUAAAAUAUGCUUCAAGAUACAAAACUGAUGCAAAAUAAAUACAGAAUGCUAACAGCAAAGUGGUAUU